AUGUCAGAUCUACAACUGUCGUACAACUCGGUGCUAGACCUCCAGGCCAAGAACAAUGGCUGGGUGAUCCAGAAAUACGGUGGUACUUCCGUGGGAAAAUUUCCAGAAAAGAUUGUAAAUGAUAUUGUCAAGGAAUUUGCCAACCACCACCGCGUGGCUGUUGUGUGUUCUGCCAGAUCCUCUCACACUAAGAGUGAGGGCACAACCUCUCGUCUUUUGAAAGCGGCUGACGUGGCCUAUGAUAAUGGUGAUUACAAAACGUUGCUUGAUGUUAUCGAAGACGACCACGUUCAGAAUGCCCAAAAAUACAUACACGACUCUGAGAUACUACAGAAGCUCAUAGUUGAUACCAAGAAAGAGAUAGCAAGAGGCGAGGAGUUGCUCAAGGCGUCACAGGUGAUUGGAGAAAUCUCCCCACGGACCCUUGAUUCUAUCAUGUCACUUGGUGAAAAAUUGUCAUGUUUGUUCAUGGCGGCAUUGAUGGAAGACCAUGGUUUGAGAUCUGCCUAUAUUGACUUGUCCAACAUCAUUCCCUUGGACUAUGACUUCAAUAAUGGUUUUGACGACAACUUCUACAAGUUCUUAUCGAAAGAGCUUGGUAGUCGUGUAAGCAACUUGGACGACGAUGUCAUCCCCGUGCUCACUGGUUACUUUGGUGUGGUUCCCGGAGGCUUGCUUAAUGGCGUGGGCAGAGGAUACACUGAUCUUUGUGCCGCUUUGGUGGCUGUGGGAGUUCAGGCUGACGAAUUGCAAGUAUGGAAAGAAGUGGAUGGAAUAUUCACCGCAGACCCUCGUAAGGUUCCAAAUGCCAGACUUCUCGAGAGUGUGACACCUGAGGAAGCAGCAGAACUCACCUAUUAUGGAUCCGAAGUCAUACAUCCAUUUACCAUGGAACAAGUCAUAAAAGCCAAAAUUCCCAUCAGAAUCAAAAAUGUUGAUAAUCCUGCUGGUCCUGGUACCAUCAUUUUUCCUGAUAACAUUGCCAGAAGAGGAGAGGAAACUCCUCCACAUCCUCCAGCCGCUUAUGAGACUCUUCCUUCAUCUUACAUUGCAUCCCACGCUAAACGUUCUGCCACAGCCAUCACCGCCAAACUGGACAUUGUCGUCAUAAAUAUUCACUCCAACAAGAAAACGUUGUCUCAUGGUUUCUUGGCACAUAUCUUUACCACUCUCGACAACUACAAAUUGGUAGUUGACUUGAUAUCUACGUCGGAAGUUCAUGUUUCCAUGGCACUUCAAAUCCAACCAGAUCAAGAACAUCAGCUCAAAAAUGCAAUUCUCGAGUUGCGUAAAAUGGGUACACUUGACGUUACCAGAAACAUGGCUAUUGUCUCCUUGGUAGGAAAGCAAUUGGUCAAUUUCAUCGGCAUCGCAGGAAAUAUGUUCAAGGUUCUCGCCGAUGAGCGCAUCAAUAUUGAAAUGAUUUCUCAGGGUGCCAACGAAAUUAACAUUUCAGCAGUUAUCAAUACUAAAGAUACCAUACGGGCACUUCAGUCAAUUCAUGCCAAACUCUUGGAAGGACGCUACGUUGACGAAGGAUCCAGUCCCGUAGACUUGCGACUCGAAGCAUUGAAGGUUCAGAACUAG